CUUUCGACGUUGGAUCGAUUAUUAAAUAGGCUAAAUUGACUCUAUAGUGUAAACUGCAAUUGUUUCAAUUGCAUGGAAGUAUUUUGUAUCUUGCGUUUUUGCGUUUAGACUAAAUUAUAAAAAUUGAACUAUAGCACUUAAUAUUUCUUCAACAGAAGAGGAAAUAUAGAUAUCUAUAUUUAAUAAUUAUACUAUACAGUGGGAGGUAAACAGAUCUUCGUUUCUUUAUAUAUUCCAUUAUACCCAUUUUAAUGUUAGUACAAAGAUGAGCAGUGUCAUGGAUAGAUAUUUCAGUCUUAAUCGAACUCUUUUGCUGAUAGUUGGUCUAUGGCCUUACCAAAAAUCGAAAUUUGCUCGACUUUAUUUAUUUUGUUGCUUUAGCAUUGUUGCAACCUUUAUUUUAUUUCAGUUAACAACAUUUAUGACCUCAAAAUGUACUGCAGAUCACAUUAUAAAAAUUUGCUCUUUAUCAGUUGGUAUUAUCGGCUUCCUUAUAAAAUAUAAUUCGUUUUACGUCAACUGUGAUACAAUAAAAUAUUUAAUGGAACAAUUUCAGCGUAUUCAUAAUGAUUUAAAAGAUAAUAACGAAAUUGCCAUUUUAGAAAGAUACGGAAAUCUUGCGAAACGUUAUACGAUUUUGUAUACAGUGGGUCUCUGUUGCUGUUUAUCUAUUAUUAUUAGUGUCCAAUUGUGGCCAGAUUUCAUUGACAUUAUUUCAUCUGCAAACGAGUCUCGACCGCGUCGCCUGAAAAUUUCAACUGAAUACUUUAUCGAUGAAGAGAAAUAUUACUAUAUGCUGCUAUUGCACGUAAAUGUAGCUUUAUGCAUAGGAUUAACUGUAGUAGUAGCAACAGGAACAAUGCUUUUAACCCAUCUUCAACAUACAUGCGGCAUGUUUAAAAUUGCUAGUUAUCGUAUUAAAAAUGCAAUAGAAAUUUAUGUACAAAGUAUUAGUUUGAAAAAUAAGAAUUUUGUUUAUGUCAGUCUUAUUGAUGGUAUACAUAUUCAUCAAAAAGCAAUGAUGUUUUCUGAAUAUUUAGUAUCUAAAUUUGAGAUGACAUUUAUGUCUUUAAUAGUAGUCGGAGUACUUACUUUAAGCCUUAAUACCUUCAGAUUUUUUCAGAUUCUAACAUCUAAAUUUAAUAUUGAGGAUCUUCUACUAUCUACUAUAACAAUAUGUUUUUGUCUUGUAUACAUGUUUUUAUGCAAUUUUAUUGGACAAGAAAUUAUAGAUCACUGUGACUACGUAUUUGUCGCUGCAUACGAAGUUCAAUGGUAUAUAACUCCUCUAUAUAUACAAAAAUUGAUACUAUUUCUGUUAUUAAGAGGGAACAAAUCUUUUGGCCUGAAUGUCGGCGGAUUGUUCGUUGCGUCAUUACAGUGCUUUGCUAUGCUAGCAAAUGCAUCUCUGUCUUAUUUUAUUUUUAUGUAUUCAAUAAGAAAAUGACAGAAGAUACGUAUCCAUUAGUGCAUUAUUAAAAUAAACAAUAGAAUAUAUUUAUUGUUUAAUUCAAUAGAAUGCGGGUUGAUAAAUAUAUAAAUAUACAAAUUAGUAAACAUAUAGCACUAAUCAUAGUUUCUAAUCACAUUAAUGUAUAAAGGAAUUAAAAGGAUGCUAUAGUAACCGAAGAACUUUCUCGAUGUCGAUACUGCAGAUUAUUUUUCGAGCAAGAUCAGGCUAUCGCUCUUUGUCCAACGCAUAGAUCUGUCUUUGUUUUUCGAUUAUUUUGCCAUCUGCGAAAAAACCUAUCAACUACAGUCACUGCUCUGCUUAGCAUUGUUUACGUGCGAAAUUUGUACACGUGCAGCUGUUUACAUGUUAAACUUUUUUGUUAGAUUUUUGACUGGAAUGACACACAGUCAGUGUUGUUCGUUAAAGUUUUCUAAAGUGCGGCCUG